AUGCGGAUUUGUCGCAGCAAAAAAUGUCUCGCCCCGCCGCAGUCGCCCUCCAAAUCUCCAGCCACGGUAAGCCGUCGCAAAGCCAUUAUGGGCGAUCCCAAGGAGCGGCAAACCCACAUUAUUUUCCCGACAGACACAUAUUUCUUCGACAGACUGAUAGUAGCGAUUUAUAUUGCAGGAAGUCGGUCACUUUAUCAUCCAACCGAACGGACGGGGUUUCACGAUCCAUGGCUGGAAUUCGAACCAGGGCGGCGAGUUCGGCACAACAGCAACGCUCACAACUACAACGGAAACAUCAACCACCACCACCACCACAACCACCACGGAGGCACUCGGCACAACGGAGUCAGCAAGUAUGUUAGAGUAGCUAGGAAAUCGCUAUAUCAGUGUCUAAUUGAUAUACCGUCAAUAAUCUGUACAACGAACCGCAAGGAACCCAAAAAAAGUUGUUCGUUAUGGACAGUUUUUGACAUAAGGAGUUUUAUUUUAUUGGGCCCUGAAAAUGACUAUAGGGACCUUUAAUGUUGUUUGCUAUAGACAGGGUUCGUUGUACAUACCGUAGAUGAUACUGUAGUAUUUCCUAAUAGCCGCAGUAACCCCCCACUUUAGAGUCAUCCUCAUCCGAAGAGGAGCUCAACGAGCCCGGUCGCGAGUGCACCGACAAGAACUGGCGAUGCGCGUUCUGGUCAAUGUCAGUGUUUGGCUACUGCGAUAAGUACGCUGAAGUCCGCGAUCAGGUUUGCCCGUUCUCGUGCAAGACGUGUACGCCACAUCGCUCGGCUCGAACCCCAGGUGAGUCUUCUAACUUUUUUAUCUCUAAAUCGUGUCUUCUAUGAGUCUGUCGGGAAAAUAAUGAGCUCUCUGUCGAAUCGAAAAUCGUAUCGCUGCAGAGAAAAUGAAUCGUGUCGCGGCAAAAUCAAAUUGCUUUUCACCUCAGCGACGCGGUUGGCACAGUGAGAGAGUGCUCAUUAUUUUCCCGACGGACAGAUACUAGUCCGUUUGUAAAGUCGCUGGAGUUAUUUCGGCGACAUGCACUGUGCAAAAACGUUCAGAGCGACAGCUCAAAAAAGCCAUUUUCCCGGUGCAAAAAGCAAGAAAUUGCACAGUACAAGGUUAAGUUUUGUUUUCGCACAGUGCAUGCCGCUAAAAUCACUCCAACGACUUUGCAAACGAACUGAUAACUUGAACUCCGCCUUCAGACUGCGUCGACAAGAGCUCAGCGUGCGCCCGAAUCCACGACGCCUCCUGCGAGUCCCCGCUCACACAGCUUCUCUGUCCCCGGAUCUGCGGAGCCUGCGCCGACGCCGAGUUUCUUCCAAAACCCCAGGUUCCGGGCGAUGAUAGGCCCUCCUUCUUCCCACCGCCGAUUCUUGCGGAGACGUCGGCGGGCGGCGGAGAACGACCGCUUGGAGGUCCGAUCCUCCCCGCUCAAAUCAACGCCCAAAACGGGGGAGACGGCGGAGUCGAAAGGGAUUCGGAGCAGGCCGGAAAUCAACCAGCGAACAGUCAGAAUUCAGAGCCCAGAGGAGCGACAACAACAAACCAACAGCCCGUUGUCGCCGUCAACGGGCAAGAACCGCAAUCAAUCGCCAUUCAAAUCGAUCUUGGCGCGGCCCUCGCGGUCCAACGCCCCCCACAGCCAACACGAACCCAACCUGAAUCGCAGAGCGGCGCCGGCGCCGCGGACGUCCGCUGCUUCGACGUCUCCGAGCCGCAGAUCUGCGCCCACGUCCGCGAAAUGCAGCUGUGCGCCGUCCGGCUGGACUGCGCACGGUCGUGCCAGCUCUGCUAA